CGUAAGCUCAUCCAGUCUUAUGGUAAGGAUCAUGUCGUACCUUGACGACCAAAAGGCGUCCUAGUGCCCAUCCGGUUUCGAUAGAUAACCGAAUUUUACCAAAACGCCUUUCAUUUCGGCUGGUCGGAGUCCACAUCACCAAGGACUUUUCUAGCGCUGGGUAUUUAAGGUGUAAAAAAAAGGUAUCAAAUGACCAUAAAUGUGUGAAAUGUGGAAAUAGGUUUAUGCAAAAUGUGCACGAUACAAUAGUAUAAACAUUUUUGACGACAAUACACUUUUGUGCUGUGAUAACAAUGAUGUUGAAAUUGCAUUCUAUGACGCCACAGAAGAAAUCAUUGGUGGCGAGCAUAAAAAGAUUGACAUUUCGAUCUUUACCUAUGUAAUCAAAGAAAAGGAUGCCUUAAUUAGUGAGCAACAGAACGAAUCAAGGUUUGUUAACCAAAUUUCAAGAGACUAUAAAUGGACCCGUACGACGACCACAAAUUGAACAAAAAACAACAGAGGAAUCCAGCAAAAAAGUUAACACAAAAAGCCAAAAUGAUCAGAAUCAAUAUACCACGAGCAGUUAUCAGCUGUUAAUAAAAAUAGUGCUGUUGAACCGUCAUUCUCGGCAGUAGCACAAAAAGAUGUAUCAUCGCCAGCGAUGCAAAUAUAUACCGAAACCACCCUGAAUCGGUACAUAAAUAUCAACAGUGAUGCGGUUUAGCCUUCUACUAGUUCUACAGAUCCAGCUGUAUUACCAAAGAAAAGGAAUAAACUCGCUUUCCUGGUUGGAAAAAAUUAUAGCUGUCGAAUCAAGACCACACCAAAGUAUGUCUAUCUUCACGUAUACCGGGUAGACCCAAGUACUUCAGUCGAUGAUAUGAUUCGCUUACUGAAAGUUAACUUCCCGGAGGUGACCUGCGAGAAGCUGACCUCCAAGUACCCCAACGAGUAUGCAUCAUUCAAGAUUAAAAAUGGAAGACAAAGGAAAAAGAGCAUUAAUCCUAGUUGGUGGUUAUGGCACCAGACUAAGACCAUUGACACUAAGUGUUCCAAAACCACUGGUUGAGUUUGCCAACAAGCCAAUAUUAAUGCACCAAAUUGAAGCACUAGUCAAAGGAGGAGUUACAGAAGUUAUCCUAGCUGUGUCUUACAGAGCUGACCAUAUGGAAAAAGAAUUAACAGAGCAAGUGAAAAAGCUGGGAGUCAACCUUAUAUUUUCCCAUGAGACUGAACCAUUAGGUACAGCAGGACCGCUUGCCUUAGCCAAAGAACACCUUAUAAAGAGCACUGACCCAUUCUUUGUUCUUAAUUCUGACAUCAUUUGUGAUUUUCCGUUUUCCGAAUUGGCAAAAUUCCAUGCUUCACAUGGCAAAGAAGGCACUAUUGUAGUAACAAGGGUUGAAGAACCAUCAAAGUAUGGUGUGGUUGUCUAUGAUAAAAAUAACUGCAUACAAAGUUUUGUUGAGAAACCUCAAGAGUUCAUUUCAAACAAAAUCAAUGCUGGCCUGUAUAUUCUGAAUCCAUCUGUUCUUAGUAGAAUAGAACUGAGACCAACUUCCAUAGAAAAAGAAGUAUUCCCAUAUAUGGCUCAGGAUCAACAACUGUAUGCAUUUGAAUUGCAAGGCUUUUGGAUGGAUGUUGGUCAACCUAAAGACUUCUUGACUGGUAUGUGUUUAUAUCUCAAGCAUGUGAGAUCAACUGACCCAGAAAUGCUGGCCAAAGGACCUAACAUUGUUGGAAAUGUACUGCUGGAUCCGACUGUGAAGAUUGGAGAAAAUUGUCAAAUUGGACCAAAUGUCACUAUUGGCCCAGGUGUCAUCAUUGAAGAUGGUAAGAAAAACCAAAAAAGUGUCCGCAUUAAGAGAUCGACGAUACUGAAAGAUGCAACCAUCAAAUCGAACUCAUGGUUGGAAAGUUGUAUAGUAGGAUGGAGGUGUUGUGUGGGUAAAUGGGUCAGAAUGGAAGGUACUACAGUUCUAGGUGAAGAUGUUAUAGUCAAAGAUGAAAUGUACAUAAAUGGCGGACAGGUUUUGCCGCACAAAAGUAUAGCUUCUUCCGUACCAGAGCCACAGAUUAUAAUGUAGUUUAUUUUGGUUAAAAUUCGUGCAAUAAUUCUGAAGAUUCGCUAAACACAAUUAUAAGAAAAGUGUGAAGAAAACUAUGGGAACGCCAGUCAGUGGCGAUAUCCUAAUCUCUAUUAAAGGUAACCGCCAUAUAGAGGCCUUUUUAGCCCUUUUAGCUUGGACAUAUAAAUAUAUUAGUUUGAUAAUAUGUGUUGGAUAUAUGUUAUUAUACAGUACAUUUCUAAAAGUCCUCCCUACUUAUGAAUUAUUUUAAUCUAAACAAAAUCAAAUUGAAUACAUUCCUGUAU